GCACUGUUAAAGGUUACAAAUACAAAAUCAUGAUUCAGUUUGACGUGAACUUGACCGAAAACUAUAGAAGGUUUGAUUUUGAUGAUAAUAUGCAGCUUUACAAAGGUAGACUAAAGAAUGGGAUCCAAGUUGUUAUUAGGUGCCUGCUUGUAUCAAAGAAAUACACAAUUCGAAAUCUUAAACUCUCCGGUUGGAUUUUGCUUGCCAAGCUUCGUCACCCGUAUUUAGGACACUGCCUCGACGGUGGUGGAGAUGAUUACAGUGUGAACAAGGUGUAUCUUGUAUCUGAGUAUGUGGCAAAUGGGACCUUUCGUGCUAAACUCUCUGGUAGGCCUGAAAAAGUUUUCAACUGGCCACAAAGAUUGUCAGUCCUCAUCGGUGUGACCAAGGCUGUGCAGUGUGCACUUCCUACAUACUGGAAUUAUUCCAGGUUUCUUGAGCAACCGGCUGAAGACGAACAACAUCUUGCUCAAUUUCAAUGAGCAUGAUAAUGCAAAAUUGAGCAACUACGGACUGUCCAUUAUCUCAGAAGAAACUGAUAAGUCUAUGGCAAACGAAGGCCGUAAGUCAUGGUAAGAUUUCCUUUUAUUGAAGCAGUGAUGUCACUAGAGUCAUUUAGUUGUUGAGAGUUGACCAUGAGGAUGCUAUGUGUUGUAACAUUUUAAUAUUUUAUUUAUUAUUGAAAUUAAAUUUGGGUGAAUUUAUUUUGUGUUUAAAAUCUGAAUUUAUUUGUGUGUUUAAAUUCAGAAUUUAUUUUGAAUUUUAUUUUGUAACUCA